AUGUGUUUAUCUAGUCGUCGAUGGCCUGUAUUCGAGAGAACUUUUGGUGGUGACGGCCAGGAGAGCCUUGAUAUUCAUGAGCUCACACGGAACGAUAUUCGGAAAUUUGUAAAUGGCCAGCUGCAAUCCCACUCCCGCUGGACUACCGAGGUGCCCGAGCAAGUCACUUUAGAGAAAGCUGAGCUCGUAGAUCGAAUAGUGGCCCAGGCGGAUGGCGUGUUUCUUUGGGCCUUCUUCGUGACGCGGUCGUUGGGCGAGGGCCUCUCCAAUGACGAGAGCAUCGGAGACCUGAAAAUCCGUUUCGGCCAACUACCGUCAGAUUUAGACCAGUUGUUCCAACACAUGCUAGAGAGUGUGAACCUGGCUGACCAUCCUAAGAUGGCAGGUAUCUUGCAGGCCGCAGUUCACGCGCUCGAGCCUCUCCACGUCGACCUGUACUGGCAUCUGGAGAAAGAUCUUGACGGUUACGAUUCCAAAUCUCAUGGUCUGAUGAAGUCAGCCCCUGAAAAUAUCGCCGCCCGCAGAGAGCAGACUGUUCGUAGCAUCAACCAGAAAACAAAGGGCUUGCUCAGUAUUGUACACGAACGAGCCGAGUUUCUCCACAGAACCGUGAAAGACUUCUUCUUGACCAAAGAUAUGGGGGAGUACCUUCGCAGCAAGCUCCCAGCGGACUACAAUGGUUUCGCUUCCAUCGCUGCCGCGUAUCUUAGUUUCCUCAGAACCACACGUCAGGACCAUCCGCUUGUCGCAGGUGUCAUACGACAGGGACGUGGCCUGAAUACUGGCCCAUUCAUCUCGCAUCUAAAUCAGGCCCUGGUGUACACGUCAGAAGCUCUGAAACAGACAGAUCAGGCCGGCUCUCACCAACACCGGCAGGUAGAGAAACUGCUAGACCAAUACGAGGCAGCCAUCGUGACCAUGGUGAACGUCGGCCAGGUCAGCAUUAGCGGAGUCAAUUUUCGGGACUGCGACCCCAGACUAGUCUUCCGCGAGGAGUUGCUGAGGCACGACCUGGCACCCUAUCUCGUCAAGAAGAUCCGCGAGCAGCCCGAAUUCUUCGCCGUUUUCGAUGAGUCGCCGCUGUUUGCCGCACUCAUGCCCAUGUCGCGCAACAGUGGCGAUAGUCCUCCGCCCGCGUCAGAGAUUCUCGACCUUCUCCUGCAGCGCGGCGAAGACCCCAACGUGCGACCCCGUCAGCCUGGGGCCGGGCCCGCAUCGGACGACACGGCAUCGCCGUGGGUGCUCUUCGCACGGAGCACCAUGUCCGUCUUCAACAUGCUGUCCGGGCCCUGCAUGUUCCCGGCCUUGCGGUGGAAUGAGUGUCUGAAGCAGGCGACCUUCAACCGCCUGAUGGCCCAUGGUGCCGACCCCAAUGCAAAGCUUCUGGACCGCUGGGGCGCGCACACCGUCUUCUCGCACUUCCUGGACAUCUCGCUAUCCAAGUUCCUCGGCGAGGAGUGCUUUGAAGACUACCUCGGGACUCUAGACGCGUUCCUGCGGGUGGGCGCGAGCCUCGGCGUCCCCGAUCCCGCUGGCGCAGCAGGCGCGGGUGCCGAGACGGCGUUUGGCAACCUCGCGAGGCGGCGACCGGAGGAGCCUGUGCUAACGUCGUUCUGCACCGAGCUCAAAGGCCUUCUAGCGAGAUUUGCAGCGGAUCCGAAGCGGGCCAUGUUCAUCUCGUCGGUCUUGAAGAAGCUCAUUGUGCACUGCUCUGGUAGGGAAGAGGCCCUGAGAGAACUGGACUCGGCGAUUUCACAGGGCUGUCCUGCCGAUAUUGCGGCACCCCUGUCCCAGCUGAUCAGCUCUGAGAUAGAGGAUCGCCGGGAACAGGAGUCGACGCGAAAGAGACUCCCAAAUGGUGACUGGGAUAGCGGGUCAUCUGGAUCUAAGCACCUUAGGCGGGCGUAA